AUGUAUUCUUUAUUUUGCGUUCAUUUUAAAGGAGCAGUUUACGUUUACGCGCGAGCUUACGGUUUUUGGCGCGAUGAGAAGUACCUCGAGGCAGCGAGACGUUGUGCUGACGUGGUAUGGCAUCGAGGUUUCCUUAAGAAGGGUCCUGGCAUCUGUCAUGGUAUCGCAGGCAGUGGGUACACCCAACUCGUACUCUAUCGUCUCACCGGCGAGGCCCGUUACUUGCAACGAGCGAUGGCCUUCGCCGAAUUCUUGAAAACUCCAACCUUCAAACGGGAGGCCCGACAACCCGAUUGUCCACUCUCACUGUACGAGGGCUUGGCCGGAACAGCCUGCUUCCUCGCUGACCUUUCGCAGCCUUCCGCCGCCGCAUUCCCUUUAAUGAAUCCAUUCUAG